AUGGUUUCUCUUCCAGAACUAUGCCUUUUAAAUAUAUUCGAAUAUUUUAAAGAAGAUUGUAAUACUUUAUACUCCUGCGCGUUAGUAAAUCGAGGUUGGUGUUCGAUUGCAAUUCCUCUUUUGUGGAGAAAUCCUUUGGAAGUUUGUCAUAAACUUGAUCAACGAAAACGUAUGAUGUCAUUAGUUUAUACCUAUAUGACAUGUCUUCCUGAAGCGACCCGUCAAAAAGUUGGAAUGCAUGUGAUGUUACAAAAACCCCCAUUAUUUGAUUAUACGAGAUUUAUACGACAUUUGAUCCCUCGACUUUUACAUUUUGGAAUAGAAGAGAUCGUAUUAUUUUGUCAAGAAUAUGGAAUUUUCAAUUUCACCAUGAUUAGACAUAUUUAUGAAGCUUUAUGUACACACAUUUUGAGUCAAGCAAACGUGAUUGAAACCGUUAACCUAUUGGAAAGUGGAGAGUUGAAUAUUUUCGAAUUACCUGGAGCAACAAAACGCUUAUCGGGAGUUAAAACACUCAUCUGUGAUGGAGAUUUCCGAAAAACAUAUAUCGCUUCAAAUGCUUGUCAAGAUCUCGUGCGUUUAGAAGUACGCCCUGAAGAAGAUAUAAAUGUAGGAGAGGAAUGGAUUAUUAUCUUACCAGAAAAAAACAUGAUGACGAUUGCGAAUUUAAUUAAAUAUCAAAAGAAAUUAUCCGAGAUCGCUCUUUAUCAGGUCGAUCAAACUGGAUUUAACGUGUGUUGGAAAUAUCUUGCGUAUAAUCAUGUGAAUUAUUUGCAAUGCAUUGAAUUAUAUAAAGUCACCUUUGAUGCAGAAUUUGGAUUCGUUCAACAAAUUGCUUUAUUUCCAAAUUUACAAAUUUUAAAGAUGGAAGAUUGUACUGGUGAUGGAUCAUGGACUUACAUCGAACCGUCUUCAUUUCGAAAAUUAAAAGAUUUGAUCCUUCAUGGGUGUUAUUUUAAUUUACAACCGUUCGAAAAGCUCUUUAUUCAUGCAAGGGAUUCUUUACGUAAUUUACAAUUUACAAAUCCUUAUUCUACAGAAUUAAUUCAAAAAGUGAUUGAUUGGAGUAAAUUAUAUGUUACGAAUAUCACGACGAUUAUUUUAUCUAUCGAAGAACAACAUCUUGAAAGUAUUAUUGCACUUCUCAAGAAUUGUAAUAAUCUUGAAUAUUUCCACAUUUAUGAUAUGGAAAUUCAAUGGGCAGUUGUAUCACUUAAACCUAUGAAAUUAUUGAAACCAUUACAUAUGACACCCCUUACUACCAUUGAUGUCGAUUAUGAAUUGGUUGAACUUGGACAAAUUUUGCCAAAGACUUUAAGAGUUUUUAAAGUGGGAAUGGAUUGGUCUUUUUCUAUUGAAUCUCUUGAAUCAUUUUUAAUGAAUUUGAAAGCAGCUCCUAAAAUGAACAUUUUGGAAUUUAGUCACGGAUAUUGGUUUACUGAUGAUUAUCACGAUUUAAUUGCUACUUAUUGUCCAAAUUUGUGUAAUAGUUUAUAA